GAUAAACUUGUCGUCUGGUCCACAGGAAGAGAGACUGAUGAGCCUCUCCCUGAACUUGCUCUUGCUUUCGCCUCUCCUCCUCUCUUCCUCUUCCUUGGCGUAAUUCCCGGGAUUACACCAGCAUGAUCUCGAUCUCGACUGGACUAUUCUGCAAGACCCAUUGCCAUCGCUCGCCGUUCCUCUCCAGUUCCACCGCGAGCCGCCGACGACCUUCCAGGCCGGCGACCCGUUUCGGCACAUGCCGGUCCGUGGACGGAACAAGGAGGCCCGUGGUCAGAGGUUGCAGCGGCGAUGACCCAGGAGAGAGCGAGGCCGAGAGGACGACGAAGGCGGCGGCGGAGAGCCGGAGCUUCCUGACGCUCGAGGAGGCCGGCCUCGUUGAGAUCUCUGGUUUAAGCACUCACGAGCGCUUCCUCUGUCGCUUGACGAUAUCGUCGUUGAAUCUGCUGAGAGUGGUAGCGGAGCAAGAAGGGUGCUCGAUCGAGGAGCUCAAUGCGGGCAGGGUAUGCGACUGGUUCUUGAAGGACAAGCUCAAGCGAGAGCAGAAUCCCGAGUCCGCCGUCCUUCAGUGGGAUGAUUCCGAGUUCCAACUCUGACUUUGCUAUUGAAUUCUUUCGUUUUGAUAGAAUCAAAUUUUGAAGCAUUUAGUAGUUUCAGUUGCAACUGCUGCAUAACAGAGGAAUGGACAUCCAAAUUUUGUACUAGUCUCCAGACGAUUGAUGUGUUGGAAUGGACUUGGAAACCCAAUCUUGGAUCGUGGAAGGUGGUGAUGAAAUGUCUAAGGCGUGAAUUUUUGGUACUCUGUUUGGACCCCAAUGUAAGGUGAAAGUUGGUUAUUCACUAUUUUAGCAUACAUAUAA